CCCAAGAUCAAUAUGAGUAGUCGAUCCCUUCAGUUGGCACGAACUGAAGGGAGAACCAGGGAGAACGGUCUUCGUACAAAAGGGUACAAGCACGUUUUAAGGUGCGUGGGAGUGUGUGUUCCGUUUCGACGAGAUCGUAUAGAUCAGAAACAUAACAGAGAACGGUCUACACGCAUAGAUAAUUUUCUCUUGGAAAUACAAUGGCCACCAAUUAUAUGGAAAAUAUGAAUGACGAACUUGCCAAGAAAUUUUAUUCUGGAAAAAAAUAUACAGAAGCAUUAAAUCAGUACAAUGAACUUAUUAAAGUGUUCCCAAAUAAAUCCAAGUAUUAUGGAAACAGAGCUGCAUGUUAUAUGAUGCUCAGUAAAUAUCGUGAUGCUUUGAUAGAUGCAAAAAAAAGCAUUGAGUUGGAUGAUACGUUUCUCAAAGGUUACAAAAGGGUUAUAAGAUGUUGUUUAGUCCUGGGAGAUAUUAUUCAAGCUGAAACCACUUUAGCAAAGUUACUGGAACUAGAUCCCACUAAUGAGGCAAUAAAUGCAGAGAAACUAGACUUACAGCAUGUACAGUUUUAUUUUAACGAGGCAAAGAUUGCAUAUGCACUAAAGGAUUAUCGUAAGGCUGUAUAUGUUAUGGACCGUUGUUGUGAUAUAAGUAUAUGUUGCCCAGUAUUUAAAUUGUUUAAAGCAGAGUCUCUAACAUAUUUAAAUAGGCAUCAAGAAGCACAAACGAUUGCAAACGAUAUCUUACACAUUGACAAACAGAACGUGGAUGCUCUGUAUGUUCGUGGUGUGUGCCUGUAUUUUCAAGAUGAUAUCGAUAAAGCGUUUGAACACUUUCAACACAUUCUUAAACUUGCUCCAGAUCAUGUAAAGGCAUUAUACAUGUACAAGAAAGCUAAAAACUUGAAGAAAAAGAAAGAAGAAGGAAAUGAUGCCUUCAAAACGAAGCAAUAUCACAAAGCAUACACACUGUAUACAGAAGCCUUGGCUAUAGAUCCCCUGAAUACAGCAACAAAUGCAAAACUUCAUUUUAAUAAAGCAACAGCAGCUGCAAAGUGCGGGCUUUUACAAGAAACGGUUACAGAGUGUACAGAAGCAUUAAAGUUAGAUGAAAAUUAUAUGAAAGCUCUUCUGAGGAGAGCAGUGACAUACAUGACACUCAAAGAAUAUGAUGAAGCUGUUCAUGACCUCGAGAAAGUAUGCAAAAUGACUAACAGCAGAGAACACAAACGGUUGCUCAUGGAAGCGAAAUUAGCAGCGAAGAAGUCGAAGAGAAAAGAUUAUUACAAGAUUUUAGGUAUCAACAAAAAUGCAUCGACCGACGACAUUAAAAAAGCGUUCAGGAAAAGAGCCAUGGUACAUCAUCCAGAUCGACAUCCAAAUGCAACAGAAGGGGAAAAGAAAGAACAAGAGAAAAAGUUUAAAGAAGUCGGGGAAGCCUAUGGAAUUUUGUCCGAUCCUAAGAAGCGUUCGCGUUAUGACAGUGGACACGACGUAGACGACGGCGAUAGUGGACACCAAAAUAUUGAUCCAAAUGCAGUAUUCCGUACAUUCUUCAAUCAAUAUGCCGAUACUCAGCCUCAUAUGGGCGGCGGCGGCGGCGGCGGCGGCUAUCCUGGUGGUUUUCCCGGUGGAUUUACUUUUCACUUUGGUUAACAGCAUUCCGAAACAGGCGUUCUUAUAUGAUACUUCUAUCAAUGUAGUUAAUCGGGUACUUUAUUUUAUGUUAGAAACGAAUAUAUUAGUUUUUGCGUACAUUUCAUU